AUGGCUUCUGGUUCAAAGAAUGACAUUAUGAAUAGAUUGCUUAAUGUAAGGCUUGAGGAAGGUGCAGGAGACGAACAACCACCUCAGAAUAUGCUACCGUCUAAUCAACAAUCGCGACAAGGAAGCCAUAUCGACGAGGAAAGCGGUCACGCAAGCGAACCGAUGCCUUCGUCUUCCGCAAUAGAAAAUCUGCAACCGACUAAUAAUACUGGUGGUCGUCUGCACAAUUGGCAAGCAACAAAAACUACAGUGAAAGAACGUCUAUCUUUUUUGUUUAAUAAUGAAAUUCUGUCUGAUGUCCAUUUUAUUGUGGGCAAAGAUGCAAACCAGCAAGUCAUACCUGCACAUAAGUUUGUGCUUUCUGUUGGAAGUGCUGUGUUUGAUGCUAUGUUCAAUGGAGUUCUGGCUACAAAAUCUGAGGAGGUAGAGUUGCCUGAUGUUGAACCGGCAGCUUUUUUACAUUUACUCAAAUUUCUAUAUUCUGAUGAAGUCAGAAUUGGUCCGGAAAGUGUUAUGACAACUUUAUAUACAGCUAAAAAAUAUGCAGUUGCUGCUUUAGAAGAACACUGUGUCGACUUUCUGAAGAGUAAUCUUGGCACAGAUAAUGCAUUCUUACUUUUAACACAAGCCAGACUGUUUGAUGAGCCGCAGCUAGCAGCAUUAUGCUUAGAAAUGAUUGAUAAAAAUACAACUGAUGCACUAAAUGCUGAAGGUUUUACUGAUAUAGAUCAAGACACCUUGAAUGCAGUCUUAGAAAGAGAUACACUACGAAUCCGCGAGGCCAAAAUCUUUGCAGCAGUUCUGAGAUGGUCCGAAGCAGAAUGUAUCCGAAGACAGCUACCUGUCACACCAAACAACCAAAGAAUGGUUUUAGGCAGAGCAUUCCAUGCAAUACGUUUUCCACUAAUGUCUGUAGAAGAAUUCGCAAUGGGACCAGCUCAAAGUGGCUUGCUUGAUGAUAGGGAAAUUGUUCAAUUGUUCUUAUAUUUCACAGUGAAUCCUAAACCUAAUGUAGGUUUCCUAGAUACGCCUAGAUGCUGCAUGACCGGCAAAGAGCUGACAGUGAACAGGUUCUCCCAAACUGAAUCUCGAUGGGGUUAUAGUGGUACGACUGAUAGAAUUAGAUUUACAGUGGAUCAGCGGAUUUUUGUGGUUGGCUUCGGGCUGUAUGGUUCUUAUUUUGGCCCAACGGAAUAUGAAGUUCAUUUACAAAUAAUUCACCUCGCAACGAAGAAAGUGUGCGGUUCCAACACGACGACGUUCUGCUGCGACGGCACGGAUGACACCUUCCGCGCUAUGUUCAAGGAGCCGGUGGAGAUAUUGCCCAACACUUCUUAUAUUGCCAGCGCUAAACUUAAGGGUACAGAUUCCUAUUACGGCACAAGAGGCUUAAGGCGUGUCCCCGUCGACUGCAACAACGGCGAGAAGGUUGUAUUCCAAUUUUCAUACGCCGCCGGAAAUAAUAAUGGCACUUCCGUAGAGGACGGACAGAUUCCCGCCAUUAUAUUUUAUAUU